AUGGAGUCCAUAAAUGUGGUUGUGGAUGACAAUGUAAACAAUCUGAAUGUAGUCAAUACAGAUGGAGAUGAUAAUGUGCCUCAGAUAGUUGAUGCGAGACCAAAUAUCACUGACAUCCGGUCUGACAUAGAACUAGAAGAAGAAAAUGGGCAGGAGUCAUCUAAGGAGGUCGUUCCUUCAAUCAGGAUUCAGAAGAUCCAUCCCAAAGAAAACAUAAGUGGGAAUCUUAUGAUAUCUCAGAUAUAUGUAGAUGACAUUGUCUUUGGAGGGAUGUCAGACCACAUGGUAGAACAUUUUGUUCAACAUAUGAAAUUUGAAUUUGAGAUGAGUUUGGUUGGUGAAUUAAAUUACUUCCUGGGAUUGCAAGUAAAACAGAUGGAAGACUCUAUGUUCAUCUCAAAGAGCAAGUAUGCCAAAGAAUUAGUCAAGAAGUUUGGACUUGAAGGUUCAACUCAUAAGAAAACUCAUGCAGCUACUCAUAUCAAGUUGACAAAACAUGAUAGUGGUCCUGAUGUUGAUCAAAGUCUUUACAGAAGUAUGAUAGGCAGUCUUCUGUACCUAACUGCUAGUAGACCUGACAUUGCCUUUGCAGUUGGAGUGUGUGCAAGGUAUCAAGCUGCUCCUAAGGAAAGUCAUCUUGCUCAAGUGAAGAGGAUUAUCAAGUAUGUUAGUGGUACGGGUGACUAUGGUAUCUUCUAUGCUCAUCAUACAAAUUCUAGUCUUGUGGGAUACUGUGAUGGAGAUUGGCCAGGAAAUGCAGAUGACAGGAAGAGUACUUCAGGACGAUGUUUCUUUUUGGGGAAUAACCUUAUCUUGUGGUUCAGCAAGAAACAAAAUUGUGUUUCCUUAACUACUGCUGAAGCUGAGUAUAUAGCUGUUGGAAAUGGAUGCACACAGUUACUAUGGAUGAAGCAGAUGUUGAAAGAAUACAAUGUCCUAUAA